CAGCCCUCUGAAGGUGUCUGAUUCCAUGAUUUGCCUUGUGAUGACUUUGAAAGCUAGGCAAAACUGUAAAAUGCAAAAGCCAUCAAUAAGAAGCAAAUUGUUGCAGAGUAUCUCUUCCUUAUUUGACUCUCUCAGAACUAAAUUGAGAAAGCAGUGACAUAAGCAAAUGUACACCACCUUCCUGACUCAUGCCUUUGUUGUCUUGUUCUCCAGAGGAGUCCCGAUUCAACUGAAGAAAAGCGUGAAUAAUCCAACCUGUCCAAAACUCUAAAACUUUAUUAUUUUUAAGUCAAUAAUUUUUUUCUUCCUAAAAUGCUGGAGUCUGACCUCAUUAUCUGCUUUCUUCUUGCAGUGAUACAAUUUCUUCUUGGGAUUUUCAUGAAUGGCAUCAUUGUGGUGGUGAAUGGCAUUGACUUGAUCAAGCACAGAAAAAUGGCUCCGGUGGAUCUCCUUCUUUCCUGCCUGGCACUUUCUAGAACUUUUCUGCAGUUUUUCAUCUUCUACAUUAAUCUGGUUGCUCUCUUCUUGAUGAAAUUAAUCAUGUAUCCUGAGAGUUGUGUAAUUGUCAUGUUUAUAAACGAAUUGGAACUUUGGCUUGCCACAUGGCUUGGCGUGUUCUACUGCGCCAAGGUUUCCAGCGUCCCUCACCCACUCUUCAUCUGGUUGAAGAUGAAGAUAUCCAAGUUGGUCCCGUGGAUGAUCCUGGGGUCUCUGCUAUAUGUAUCUAUCAUUUGUGUUUUCCAUAGCAAAUAUUCAGUGUGUUUUGUUCCACACAGCCUCAUGAACUUUUUCUCCCAAAAUGCCACAAUUCAAAUAGAAGAUAUACCUGCUAUACAGAUUACCUCUGUUGCUGCUGAGCUCUUAGUGCCACUGCUUAUUUUCCUUGCUGCUGUUCUGCUCUUGAUUUUUUCUUUGGGGAGACACGCCUGGCAGAUGAGAAACACAGUAGCCAGUAGCAGGGUUCCUGGCAGGAGUGGCCACAUCAGCGCCUGGCUGUCCAUCCUGUCCUUCCUAAUCCUCUAUGUUUCCCACUACAUGAUGAAAGUUUUUCUCUAUUCUAUAAGGUUUCACAUCAGAAGGUUCAUCUUUAUGCUCUGCAUCCUUGUGAUUGGCACAUACCCUUCUGGACACUCUCUCAUCUUAAUUUUAGGAAAUCCUAAAUUGAAACAAAAUGCAAAAAAGUUCCUCCUCCACAGUAAGGGCUGUCAGUGAGAGAGAACUUUGAUCGGUUCAAAAGAACCCAUGAUUCAAUGACUUACCCACGCAUGCGACACUUCUCUCAGCCAGACAAAGCAGCCUGUUCAUAAAUAUACAAAACAUCCCCUUCAGGCUGUUUAUCCAGCCUGAGGCAUUUUUAUAGAUUUGGUACUUUUUCAAACAGUUAAACUGAUUUUCAAAGCACAACAUAUGUUGAUGGAUUACAUCAAUGUCAGUAUCCUGGUUAUGAUUUUGUGCUAUCAUCUUGCAAGUUGUUACCACUGGGGAAAAGUGAGUAAAUGGUUCGGGAGUCUUUCUGUAUUCCUUCUUAAAAAUGCAUUCAAAUCUACAGUGAUUUCAACAUAAAAUGUUUGAUGAAAAAGAAAAGCACAUGUUUGAACUUGUGAUGUCAGAAGGAUACAUGAAUGCUGUAUGGUCCAUGUCUAUCGAUGCCUAGUCUUAGAUGGUUUAUCCUGACCUUAAUGGGCUGACUAUUCAUUUCUUGUCUACCUGGAUAUUAUUUCUGCUCUGUUUGUUGGAGUCACAGGCAAUGGAGCCAUUCUUUCUCCUCAGAUCACAAAUGAAGUGAGAACAAGCAGGUCUUCUCCAUCCUUAUAAGCAUAUUCUCCUACUUCAUCCUGCAAAGAACUUAGAUGCCUUGGUGACAUGUCCAAUCAACUGAUAAAAGGGGAGACAGAUGGAGGAGGAGGAGGAGGAAUGGAGGACUGAAUGCUUGUUUUCCAUUUUCCCUAGCUGUGCACUCUGAACAGACAAUAACUUGCAAAGAUGUUUCAUUUUGUAUCUGUGUGCCUGACUUUGAGACUCUUUCAACCAAGGACCGUAAUUUGGAACUCCUCCUGCAUUGCAUGGCCUCCGAAGGAAGCAACAUCAGUAGGUGGGUGAGCUGGGGGUGUCUCCAUCUGCUUGAAUUCACAAAUGCAUUUUCUGUUUGAUUGAUGAUGUUGAAUACUAAGAUGAUUGAUAGAUAGAUAGAUAGACAGAUAGAUAGACAGAUAGAUAGGGAUAGAUAGAGAUAUAGAGAUAUUAUAGAUAUUGAUAUACUUGUAUAUUUUCAAAACAGCUUCAGAACACUUUCACUUCCAGACAAGUAAAUAAAGU